UGACUCAAAUCUAACCAAACCAAACCAAACUCUAUCCUUUAUCACAGAAGUUUUUAGACACAUCUCCCUCUCUUUUCUCUCUGUCUAUACCAAAAAAAUCUUUUGUGAUCUUUCAAAAAAAAUCCAGCAAGAACUAAAAUCUUCUUCUUACAUUUCUAGUGUUCCUCAUUUUUGGUGGGAUCACUGGUUUUUUCCUCUGUUUUUUUUUUGUAAGAACAUUUGAUCUGUUCUUCAGAUUUUCUGGAAAAAAAGGGACUAAUUUUUUGAAGUUCUUUGAUUCCAGAGCUUUUAACUCUAAUCUCUCUUACAGAAAAGUCAAAAACACCAAGAAAUGGAAGAGAACUACCAAACAUCAUCAUCAUUCACAACACCAAUUGACAUUAGAGAUUCAGUAUCAGCACUUAUCUUAACAGCAGGUGCUAAUAACACCAACACUUUGGAUUCAAUCUUUUCUUACUACCCCUGCCAGCCUUCUAAUUCACUCACUACUACUAACAACAUCAAUUCCUUGCUUGAGCCAUUAGGGUCCUCUGUUUACCUUAAACAAAGAGAUCUACUCCAGCAAUUUUGUCUCGAUAACCAGUCAAAUAAGGUUGGGGUUUAUGGCUCUUCUUCAUUGAGCAACCAGUUGUUCCAAAAUCCUAGCACUACUUUGAACAACCCUAUGAAGAAGAAGCUUUACAGAGGAGUGAGGCAGAGGCAUUGGGGGAAAUGGGUGGCUGAGAUUAGACUACCACAGAACAGAAUGAGGGUUUGGUUGGGUACUUAUGAAACAGCAGAAACUGCUGCUUAUGCUUAUGAUCGUGCAGCCUACAAGCUUCGAGGGGAGUAUGCUAGGCUUAAUUUCCCAAAUCUUAAGGAUGGAGCGACAAAGCUCGGGUUUGGGGAUUCGGCUAGGAUGAAUGCAGUCAAGUCUGCUGUAGAUGCAAAAAUCCAAGCAAUUUGCCAGAAGUUGAAGAAGGAAAGAGCCAACAGAAUUGCGAAAAAGAAGCAGAAAGAAGCGACAAUUAGUGAGAGUGGUGGUAUCAAAGGCGGUAGUGGUGAAGAGAAGAGUAAUAAAAGUACUACUCACAGUGGUGAUAGCAACUUGAAUGAGAAUGAUAGUUUGAUGAACUCGUAUUCUUCAUCUUCAUCAUUCUGUUCAACCAUUGUUAAUGACAGUGGGAUGGUUUCACCAGAUAUUUCUGAAGAGGGUUGGUGGAGCAAUGGAAACGGAGCUUCACCGUCUUCUGAUUCAUUCACCAGCUAUCCUAUGAUGACAGAUGAUUUUGGUUUUGAAGACUGUUCUUUAGAGAAAAUGCCAUCUUUUGAUCCAGAGUUGAUAUGGGAAGUUCUUGCUAAUUAGAACAGAGUUAACAAAUAUUAAGAGGUCUUAAUAGCUAUGUGAUAUACUUAGAUUAAGUAAUUUUAUUACAUAUCUUGGCUAGUUUGUUUAGAAGUGAACUUGGUAGUCAUUUUGGUAAGACUCUAGAGCAUGUUACUUGUCCCUAUAUUAUUUAUGACAAGUUAUGAAUGUAUGGAUGGUGAAGGAAGUAUUAGUCAUAUCCUUAACCAUAUAUUCUGUUUUGAAAAAACUUUAUAUAACAAUAUGUUGUGUUCCUAA